GAAAACCCGUCCCCGACAACCGACGCACAAACCCCCUGAAUUUCAAAGUCUAAGCCUUCAACUUGGACUUGCCAAGCUCGAACCUUACCUACCACUUACCAGUCCACGAACACCCACACCCACACCCACAUCCGAACUCACCAAAAUGUCCCCCCGAACAAUUCAAAUCCCAAUUCGACGGCGUCUUCUACGGCAGUCCGGACGACGCUCGGUCCUACAUGGCAGGUCUACUCAACUCGAACUACCUGUGGUCCCAAGCCGGGAGCAAUAGAACGGACUUUGAUCGCGCAGUCGGAAAAGCCACCUACCUUCGAGCCAACUGUAGGAAAUGGGAGAGUUGCUUGAUGUUCUUUGCGCAGGAUGGGAAUCGGGUUGCGGCGCGAUUGGUGGCUGAUAUGGGCGCUGGGGGAUCAGCCAGAGACGAAGGUGGAGGUGAUGAUGAUGUUGGAGGUGGAUGGGGAGGGGAAGUGGUUGGCGGCUUGGGAGCAGGCGACGGAGAUUUUGGGGUGAGAAUACUUGGCUUCAAGCUGCGUUGUCAUGGUGUACUUGUGAGGUUAGAGGGGUGGGGGAUGGUCUUCAGCAUGUUGCUUUGGCAAGCAGAUACCCAAGCGUUCAUGGUUGGAAGUGAUAGAAGAUGGCUGGUUAUCUGCCGUGGUCUCUGUUUGAUUGUUCUGUUUGAUGGCCAGAUGAACCCACCAAGAUGAGAUAUCGUCAUCAGAUGGUAGAAAAGUAGCAGAGCACAAAUACAAUUAAAGCCCUUUAGCUAACAGAAAA